AUAUAGAGAUCUGUAGCGGAAAAAAAAAAAAAUAUAAAGAGAUCAUGAAUGAAGCGUGGGCGAGGCAUAACAAGGAAGAAAGGCACGCCAUGGACUCCUCCGCUGCUCGACGCCGUCUGAGAGCCAUCUCCGGCCAUCUGCGGCCGGCCGGCGAUCGCGAUUGUGACCGGUACUCCCAGCUCGGCACAAACGCCACCGCCUGCGAGUUUGUCUCUGAGCAGGGCUACAGUGUUGUUCUUCCUGAAAAGUUGCAAACUGGGAAGUGGAAUGUAUACAGAUCUGCACGCUCACCUUUGAAGCUAGUGACUAGAUUCCCAGAGCAUCCUGAUAUUGGAACAUUACAUGAUAACUUUGAGUAUGCAGUUGAAACUUUCCGAGAUUACAAGUAUUUGGGGACAAGGGUUCGUGUCGAUGGAACGGUUGGAGAAUACAAAUGGAUGACCUAUGGAGAAGCCGGUACUUCCAGGUCGGCAAUAGGUUCCGGCCUCGUAUAUCGUGGUAUACCCAAAGGUGCAUGUGUUGGACUAUAUUUCAUUAACAGACCAGAGUGGAUUAUCGUGGACCAUGCUUGCUCAGCAUACUCUUACAUAUCUGUGCCACUUUACGAUACCCUUGGACCGGAUGCUGUUCAGUAUAUUGUGAAUCAUGCUGCUGUACAGGUUAUUUUUUGUGUGCCACAAACACUAAGCAUUUUAUUAAGUUUCUUAUCUCAGAUUCAUUGUGUACGUCUAAUAGUGGUGGUAGGCGGGAUUGAUGACAACAUGCCAUCAGUUCCUUCAACAACUGGUGUGGAGAUUAUUACUUACUCAAAACUACACAAUCAAGGUCAUAGCAAUCUUCAACCAUUUCGCCCUCCUAAACCUGAAGAUGUUGCGACCUUAUGCUAUACAAGUGGUACAACAGGCACACCAAAGGGAGCUGUAUUGACUCAUGAGAACUUGAUUGCAAAUGUUGCUGGAGCUAGCCUAAGUACCAAAUUUUGUCCUUCAGAUGUCUAUAUAUCCUAUCUUCCUUUGGCACACAUCUAUGAGCGGGCCAACCAAAUCUCAUUGGCACAUUUUGGUGCUGCGGUUGGAUUCUAUCAAGGGGACAAUUUGAAAUUAAUGGAUGACAUUGCAGCUCUGAGACCCACAAUAUUUGCCAGUGUUCCUCGAUUGUACAACAGAAUAUAUGCUGGAAUUGUAAAUGCUGUAAAGACGUCUGGGGGUUUAAGGGAGAGAUUAUUCAAUGCUGCCUACAAUGCCAAGAAGCGAGCAAUAGCAAAUGGCAAGAAUCCAUAUCCAAUGUGGGAUAAACUAGUUUUUAACAAAAUAAAAGAGAAACUUGGAGGACGGGUCCGGAUUAUGACUUCAGGUGCCUCUCCAUUGUCAUCAGAUGUCAUGGAUUUUUUGAGAAUAUGUUUUGGUGGCAUGAUUUUAGAAGGUUACGGAAUGACUGAGACAGCUUGUGUCAUAAGUGCAAUGGAUGAAGGUGACCUGCUUACUGGUCAUGUUGGCUCUCCAAAUCCUGCUUGUGAGAUCAAACUUGUAGAUGUUCCUGAAAUGAGCUACACAUCUGAUGACCAACCAUAUCCACGUGGAGAAAUUUGUGUCAGAGGCCCUAUAAUUUUUCAAGGCUAUUACAAAGAUGAUGUGCAGACGAAAGAGGUAAUUGAUGAAAAUGGCUGGCUGCAUACCGGAGACAUAGGGAUGUGGUUGCCUGGAGGACGUCUAAAGAUCAUAGACAGGAAAAAGAACAUUUUUAAGUUGGCCCAGGGCGAGUACAUAGCCCCAGAGAAGAUCGAGAAUGUUUAUGCUAAGUGCAACUUCAUUUCUCAAUGUUUUGUCUAUGGUGACAGCUUAAACUCUUGUCUGGUUGCAAUAGUCUCAGUUGAGCCAGAUGUAUUGAAGGCUUGGGCCGCAUCUGAAGGAAUCAAGUUUUUGAAAACAAAAGCAACGCCAAGCAAGCCCUCGGAUAUGUAUGAAGAUCUUAGAGAACUAUGUGCUGAUUCAAGAGCAAAGGCUGCUGUCCUUGCCGAGAUGGAUGAUGUUGGAAAGCAGGCUCAGCUGAGAGGUUUUGAAUUUGCCAAAGCUGUUACUUUGACAUUAGAACCAUUCACUUUGGAAAAUGGUCUUCUUACUCCAACAUUCAAGGUUAAGAGACCUCAAGCAAAGGCUUAUUUUGCAAAGGAAAUUGCAGAUAUGUAUGCUAAGUUAUCUGCAUCUAAUCCUUGACCAAACAAACCAUCAUAACUCGCAUCAGGAUCGCCUUUUUUUUUCCAAGAAGCUGAUGAGAGAACAGGAAUCAGAAACAAAUAAAGCCAUAUCUUCUACUGUAGGGAUCACAAUGGCUCUACCAAUGACAAAACAUAGGUGAAAUGGAUAGUAUAAAGUAUGAGUUGUUAUGGUGGCUACCUUUUCAAGGUGUGAACGUAACGUUGUUUUCUUAUGAGGGAGGUGCAUGUCCCGUAAUGAUACUCCAGCUGUAUCACUUUGACAUGACUGACGGUAUAUGAAAUAACUUGAUGACUCAUUGUGAUCAUCUUGUAUCUCCAGUCCUGCUUACUCCAUCUGCACUUUGACAAAUACAUGGUAUUGUUCAUGAGCUCCCUUCUAAAUGUGGGCCUA